AUGUCGCGCAGGGGCAGAAAGCGAAAGGAAGAGGACGAGGAGCAAAAGGUAGCUGAGGGGGAGCAGGAUAAUCUUUCUUCCGAUGAAAUGAAAGAGGAGAUAGAGAUGAUGUGGGAGAUACCACAGAUCUUUCAGUUUCUUCAUCUAACGAGGGAAUCCCUCAAUGUACCUCAGUUCUCCAUAUACGAAAUGGAAAGGAUGCUGCUGAUACCGAGGGCCUCGAAACAACUGGCGAACAUCAUGACGUGUUUGCUAAGUUCUCCGAUCACCAAAGCAAAGUUACGUAAAGUACCGCCGAUGCCGUAUGAAUUCUGGACCAACAUCCUCGCGCACAAAAUGGCGAGCUGGUUCAAGGUUUAUCACGCGAAGCACAAAGACGCAGCCAAAGUUCUAGAGACCAUCGGCAUCGAGCCAGAAUUCUGGUGCAUCUUUCCCGACGCAGCGUUGCUCGAUGGUAAAGACUUUGAGAACCUAAGCUUCAAGCAGAGAGUCUGGCUGCUGAAAACCGUCUGUGAUACUAUUAUGCAUACCAGAAAGACAGUCCAGGAGGACAUAGCGAAACAACCGUGGGAGGACCAAUUCGAAACGGUUUUAGGAACCGAUCGCUACGGAGCGAGAUACAUUUAUUUCCCGCAAUUUGUCCCAAACGACCUUAGGAUCUACAGGCACUGCUUGGACAAUAAGAUCCUGUCAACUGUCAAGCCUGCCAGGUCAACGAAACAAGGAGUGGAAACGAGCAAGUUAAUCGGCGCGAGAUUAAACAGAUACAAACUGAGGAAAUUGCAAUCUCACAGCAGUAUGUCCGAUCGCAAGUUAAGCAGGCGCGAGAAUAAAACGAGCGAAAGAGAUGAUAAGGACGUUAACAGCUGCAAAUCCGGUAACAGCGCCUCCAGCUCGUUCACCAGCGAGGAUAUGAACCUGAGUAGUUCAAGCACGUGCAGUAACAACAACAACAUAAGUCUGGACAUAAGCAAGGAGCGUCAGAGAAUUUCGUCAAAGGCGUCUGAGAGAAACGCGCUGCCGAACAACAGGCACAUCGACGACAGGUCCACCGACGACGAAUCGUUACAGAUGUUUAAGGGUUUUCCCGACAUCAAGGACAACAAUUACAGUAUAGGAAUAAUCAACGAAAUGCUAGACAAUCUAAAGUCGGAGAUCGACAAGGAGCAGAAGACGCGCGCGUGUCGGAGCAGCGGCAGUGGCAACGAAUCAGAAUCGCAGGAGAAUCUCGUAGUCGCGUCGUGUAGAAAUACGAUAGACUUCUGCGGCGAAGUCUCGCUCGUCGAAAGGGAGAGCGAGAGCGAGAGGUCGAGCGACAAUCUGUCCAGCAGCUCGAAAACCGACGACGAGAAACUAAACGAGAUAAUUAGUGCCGAGUACUCCAAGUUACCUGAAAGCACAUACUCCAGGUGGGCCUCUGUCAAUGAUAACGUGAGUGAUAACAGUUCGACGUCCACGUCCAAGUCGGAUGACGAGAAGCUCAGCGAGACGAAGAUCGUCGGCGGUAGCGUGGACGGGAACGGGGCGAGUUCCGCCAGGAGAGUAACGCUCAACGGAUCCCUCCGCGCGUGUUCCGACGAUAGCGCGUCGUUAAGUGAAGGAACGAUUAAGUGCGAACGCUUCGACAGAGUGGACGUUCCUGUGCGAGCCACGCGGACGAGAUCGAACGACUCGCGGAUGAGAGCGAAACUGCGAUCUCGAUACAGAGAGAUGCAGUGCGAUGAAAUCGAGGUGGUGAAAGCUGAGAAGUUGGAAGAUAAAAAAGAUCUCGCCACAGGCAACGCACAGCUGCAAGAAGCCCUGGAUGCCGUGAGCGAUUACGUAAACGGUUGCGAUGCCGAUUACGACCUACGAAGGCCGAAGGGGUUGAAGACGGCUGAGUGCAAGCAACGUUUCAACAAGAUGCUGACUGAUCUCAGCAUUUCCGAUUUCCGGUUGGUGGCCGACAGUGUGGAAGGACUAAGGGAUCUCAUUGCCAGUUUCUCAUUGAACGAAUCGGAAAGCAAUAAUGCGAUUAAGGCGGAACUUGUUCCUCCAUGCGAAUUCAAAUUGGUAACAAAGCUAACCGAGCUAUUAAGUUCCUUGGAGGAGAAGGAGGCGACUUUGAAGGACGCGACGCGAAAAGCGAAGGCGAAGCUUCAAAGAGAGUGGUCCAACUUCAAGGAAGGCAGUGUGGAGGAUCAGGACUCAUCCGGUGAGAGUGGUCUCAGCUCUAAUUGGUGGGUUCUUGGAUCGCAGGGCAGGGAUCCACUGUCAACUGCCGGAGACGCAACGUUACAAACGUUACCGCAAUUUGCCCUAUCCUCACCUGGCGCCCAAAGCACCCAACAGCAGUCACAGCCAGUCGAGGGCGAGCACAAGAGCGCGGCCGACGAGAGCGCCGAGCAGAGUUGUCGCGAGAGUCGGAAAUGCGCGAGCGACGAACGGCAGAGUGGAAACGACGAGAAACAAUCGGACGCCGAGGACGCGCCGUCGAAAAGAGACCAAGUCAAAGAGAGGGAAGAGAGUCGGGAGCGCGAGCAACGCGGACAGAACGAGAACGCGUCGGACAAUAAAGAUGCAGCGCAACAAACGCGACGAGUACUACGAGCACGCGGCGUCUCUUCGUACACAGAACAAUUUUAUUCGGACGAUGAAAGCGACGAGAACGAGCUGGAGGGAUGGACCGACAUUGAGGCAGUCUAUGCGGCUCCCGGCACACAGACCGAUACAUCCGCUGCUCACGCUGCUCCGAAAGACCGACACGCUGAUGACCGGUCAGAGCAGGAGGAGGACUCAGACCAAGAUUGGAUUUUACCGAGCUCUCGCAAAAGGAAAAAUAAACGUUCGUCUGCCAAUCGAAGAUUGAAGUCCUUCCAGCACAAAGUGCAAAGCAUCACAGAGAACACGUCCGAGAGCAGCGCACUAUCCGACAACGCGCUUCAGUCUGCGAACAUGAAUAAACAUAAAGCUAAGCUUAAGAGUAACAGUGAGAUUAGGGAGUUCAGGAUGCCAACCGCUAAUUCCGCACGGCAGUCUUCCGACAAGCCGAGACACGAGAGCGUCUCCGACGAGAUUUGCAAAAUCGAGUCCGUCAACAGCGUGCACUCGGAACUGAACAUCGAGGAUGAUGUGAUAUACGAAUCGACUACCACUCACUACCAGCAGCCGAACAGUUACGGCCCUCCGAGUACGCAGCAGGACUACUAUUACGUCGUGUCCCAGAAUCCUGGAAUCGCGCAGGCUGUCAUACCGCAGGGAGCGCCAAUCGUGCAGCAGGCGGGCGCGAUCGUCCAGCAAAUCGCGACGCCGCAGCUCCAGCAAGGCUACUACGUGCCGAUCGCGCAACCGAAUUACGUGAUACAGACUCCGAGCUUCCUACCCGUCGCGCAGCAACAGCAGCCCGUCUACUCGCAAAAUCCGCAGCUGAUAGCAACGACCCAGCCGUACAUCAACAACGCGGGUUACGUGCCCCACGUGAUCACCACGACGCAGCCGCAAACGGAGUACGUGGUCGCGUCUGGACAGAUACCGCGUCCGCAGAAUCCGGUUCUUUGUACACCGAGACCGAUGAACAGAUAUAGCCAGAACAACAGACGGUCGGUAAGAGGAAGAAUGCCCGCCCGGGGUGGUUCUCAAAGACCCGCCAACCCGGCAUCCGUCAGGGGCCACGCGCCUCAGCAGUACGCGCCCAAUUCCAAGACGGCGACGAGGCAAAGAACACCGCAGGCAGUGGGCACGGAGCAAGCGUCGCAGACGUCGAGAACGGAGAACAGUAGCCAGAAGACCACGUCGCUGAUUAUGCUGAGCGACAGCGACGACGAGAUAGAGAUGAUCAUCACGGAGAAGGCGACUGCCAACACCAGCACGGAUAAAAGAACAGCGAGCGAAAGAGCGAUAUCGGCGCCGCAGAGGAACAUCGCUCCGAAGCAGAAACCCACGGUGACGUCAGACAUCGCGAUCGACUCGACCAAGGGCAUCAUCUCGCCGCAGAUCAUUCAGCGGAUGAGCCAGGGCGGUAUAUCCAUCACGCCGAUCAAGAGCAAUCCGUCACCGUCGGCGUCGAACAGCAACACGCAGCUGGUGGUUGUCGUGAACGAGACUGGAAGUCACUACGCGCUGGCGUUGCCGAACGGCAGCAAGCUUAUCCUCACGCCGGAGCAGGUGGCGCAGAUCAGAGCCUCGAACGGAGGGAAAUUGAUCUUGUAAAACAAGGGGCCAGCUGGCCACUCCGAACCGGAUUCUAGGUGCAGUGCUCCAUGUUGACCACGGAACCGCGCGUGUCCCCACUUUCCGAUUCGUCGCUAAGACUAAGAACUACAUGAACGCAUGGUACGUUUGUGCAGAGCAACAAACUUCCUUCUCCUCACAUCCUCACAUUUUGUCGGGUUAGUCACUAUAGUUAGACUGUAAAGAAAACAAAGAGAAAAUUUAUUAUCGACUUAUACGUUUCGUCGUGUAUGCGAGCGUUCGCGGAGAAUUAAUUUAAAGAUUUCUCGAGAAUGUUUUAUUACGUUCAUUAGAGAUAAGUUGUUUCCUUAUAAGCGGAAUUUUUCGUUAUGUACAGUUUUAGAAGGUAUUUUGUUUCACGUGAGUUCUCUCUCGCGAUGUACAAUUUACGAUAUGAUUGAUGCAACGUAUGCUGAUGAAUGUUAUAUAAGUACAGUACAACGUUGCACGUGCAGUGCAACAUUACGACGGAUGUAGUGAUGAGAAAGUCGAGCUUUUAUUAACUCGUUUAUACCUUUCUUGUACCAUCUCCCUGUGGAUUGUAUGUAUAUUUAGAACGCGUUGACGUUAUUCAUUGUUGUAACGAAGUCGGGUUUUUAAUAUUACAGAAUUAAUGCGAUACACCGUCGUGAAGGACGUUUGUGAAGGUGUGCAGGCGUUUUUUAAAUUAUUGCAAUGAAUUGCAUCCCAAGCAGUUCUAAUUUUGUAUUACAAUGACUGACAAAGCAAAUAUUAGAUUUUAGUGCAUGCUAAUUCAGGGAGGCUCACGGCAAGAUAGAUAUCGAUGGUGUAUCGCAUAACAAAUAAAAAAUAUUAAUUAGGAAGCAUUUUCUAGACGAAUCGAUGUUAUGAACUAAUGUCAGUAAACUCCAUGGUGAAUGAUAGUAAAAUACGGAAUUGGUAUGGCUGUAGAAUAAGUUGAAAUCGCCUCAAGUCGAACGAUUAUUGUUGGCCUCUUAUUUUUUAAGUGCUCGAAUCGAGAAAUCGAAUUUUCGAUGUUGUGAUUGUUCAACUCUACAUAUUUCUGUAAUCAAAUAUCGCAUGAAUUAUUAUAAUUCGUUCAAACAUUGGAAAA